UGCGCUCAGUGCUCUCUACCAUGUCUGCUUCGACAGUGUGGUCUGACGCGGCAGGGACAACGUGAAAUAGAAGAAAUGGAGCAAACAGUUGGAGCGUUGCAAGAACAAGCCUUGAAGAGAAAGGAAAGAUUGAAGGCGUUAAGAGACAGACAGCUUCAAGGGAGAGUUCCAGAGGAUGGGGAGCCAGAGAGUAAAAGAGCAGUGGAGGAGGAAGACUCGGAGAUGAAACACAGGGAGCUGAAGCUGAGGAACUACACCCCUGAGGACGAGGAGCUGAAGGAGAGGCAGGUGCCCAAGGCCAAGCCUGCAUCAGUGGAGGAGAAGGUAAAAGACCAGCUGGAAGCUGCCAACCCAGAGCCUGUCAUUGAGGAAGUGGAUCUGGCUAACCUUGCACCCAGGAAACCUGACUGGGACCUGAAGAGAGAUGUGGCCAAAAAGCUGGAGAAGCUGGAGAAGAGAACACAAAGGGCAAUAGCUGAACUCAUCCGGGAGCGUCUGAAGGGCAGUGAGAUGGAGCUGGCUGAAGCAGUGGGAGCAGUGAACGUGGAGGAAGGAGACUCUGACUGAGAGCAGAUGCGACUGCAGCAGCAUACACUCUGACUGGAACUGCCACCUCCCCUACAUCUCCUCACCUGCGGCUGCCUGGAUCUGUUAAAUGUAGAGACACUGUGUGGGGGAGCCAGCUGAGACCACUGGCUGCCAAACGCGAUUCUAUAAGAGGCUGCUUGGCAAUGUUAACGCUCUGAUUUUUGAUGGCGGAUAAUCCUCCUGUUGAAGUGUGUGGUUGUAUGUCCGUGUGCCAGAGGAGUCCAUUUCAGAGCAGCUGUGUGGCCACCUGCCCCGCUGUAGAACACCUUUCAUCCCAAGCAGUCACACAGUGCAGUGUUGUUUGUGUACACCUUUUAUUUCUACAUCCAUUUUUGUAAAUAUCUUUUUCCAGUAAAAUAAUUUCGAUUUUGA